AUGAGUGGACAGGCUGCUAGCUAUUACAAUAAUGAGGGCUUCCCUCAGGGCCAACCUCAGUAUCCGCCCAACUCUGGUUAUGAACAGCAACAUGGGAACUAUCAACCGCCAAAUAAUGCGCCAUACCAGCAACCAGCCUAUCAGCAACCUCCAUCUGAGCCCAAACCACCGCAGUACCACCAAAAUGUCCCAGAGUCUGGAUACACUUUUGACCAGGCGUUCAAGAUCGAGAAGCCAAAGUGGAACGACCUGUGGGCAGGUCUUUUGUUGAUCGCAGUCUUCCUCGGGUAUGCCGCCGUGUCCGGACUUACCAUCCACAAGUAUGCCACCAACAAAGGCUUCAACGGAGGUGGCAUUUACGACUCGAGCAAUGAUUUCUCGCUGGACACCAACACCCUCGUCUUGUUUAUCUUCGUCCUUGUCGUCGCCCUAGUCUUCUCUUGGCUCUAUUUCAUGGGCGCAAGAUACUUCACCAAGACCUUCAUCUGGGCGACCGGCAUUCUCAACAUUGUCUUCGCCUUGGCAACAGGAAUCUAUUACAUCGCGCGCAAGCAAUAUGGAGGUGGUAUCGUGUUCCUCAUCUUCGGCGUCUUCGCAAUCGUCUGUUUCAUUAGCUGGAUCCCGCGAAUCCCAUUCACUGCCUUUAUGCUGCAGACCGCCAUGGACGUGGCCCGAGGGUACGGGCACAUCUUCGUAGUCAGCGCGCUGGGCGGAAUCGUAACGGUCGCUUUCGCCGCCUGGUUCUCCGUCACGAUGGUCUCGAUCUACGUCGCCUACGAGCCCGAUUCCACUGGCAACAACCCAUCCUGCACGAACGGCGGCUGCAGCAGAGCAAAAGUCAUCGGCCUCGUCGUCUACGUGACCUUCGCCAUGUACUGGGUCAGUGAGUGGAUCAAGAACACGGUGCACACCACCGUCGCCGGUGUCUACGGUUCGUGGUAUUUCUUCAGCAAGUCCGCCGGCGGCAUGCCCAAGGGCUCCACCCGGGGCGCCUUCCGUCGCGCGACUACGUACUCCUUUGGCAGUAUCAGUUUCGGCAGUCUGAUCAUCGCGUUCAUCAACAUGUUGCGGCAGGCGUGCUCGGUCGCGCAGCGACAAGAGGCUGGACAGGGUAACUUGGUCGGCAGUAUUUUCGUUUGGAUUUUGGGAUCUAUCAUCUCGCUGUUGGACUGGCUCGUUACGCUUUUCAAUCGCUACGCGUUCUGUCACAUCGCAUUGUACGGAAAGGCAUAUAUCCCCGCAGCCAAGGAUACUUGGUCUAUGAUGCGCGAUCGAGGAAUUGAUGCUCUCGUGCAAGACUGCCUGAUGGGUCCGGUGUUGACUAUGGGUUCGACUUUCGUCGCCUAUGUCUGUGCGCUGUUGUCCUAUCUCUAUCUGCAGUUCACCAACCCCGCGUACAACAGGGAUGGUAACUUCACCGCGGUCAUCAUGGCUUUCGCUUUCUUGAUUGGUCUUCAGGUCUGCCAGGUCUUCAUGACUCCCAUUGGUAGUGGCGUUGAGACCAUCUUCGUGGCGAUGGCUUGGGAUCCUCAGGUCAUGAUUAAUGACCACCCGGAUAUUUAUUACAAGCUGGUGGAGAUUUACCCUAGAGUCCAGCAGGCAGUCCACGCUUGA